AUGGGGGGGGGGGACCCACUGGUCAGCCGGGCCCGCAAGUGGGUCGGAAGUGUAGUCAAGGAGGAACCGCGAACAAGGGCUCGAGCGGCUACGACCGAUUGGGGCACGUGUGCACCACUCCCCUUCCACGUCACCGGUGGCCAGCCGGUUGUGGGGCAAGGAGUGGUCGUACAUGCACGAGAAAGGGACUUGAUUGCAAAUGUAAUAUUACUAUAUAUUCGUCAAAAACUUCGGCGCACAAGCAAUGUGGGACUAAACUCACGCCACACCUUCCCCAGAAAGGGCGGGCAACUGGCGCGAGUUCGAAUCCUCCAAGAACCAAAACUCAUAUCUUUUAUCUAAUUAUUGUGACUUUCCUACAAAUCGCCGGUGAAGGAUUAAGCUACUAGAAUUGCUAGAUCAUCGGCGAAAAUCUCGCCAACAUGAUUCGCGGAGCAUUGUUACUAAAAUUGCUGAAUGAUUCGUGAAACAAAGAUUGCGAAUCCAUUGAGUGAAGCAUCUCCGAUUGAUCGACGAACAAGCCGUCGUCGGGAAGAGGACGAUCUGCCGGGAGAUGAGUCGUCACCUCCUGAGAGCAUACCGGAUGUGAUGAAGAGCUUCCUCUUACUAUGCGGACCUGAGGAUGAAGCUCCCUGACACGUGCCCCACCUCCAUCCAGCUCCUCUCCGUCGGGUGACAACUAUUGGAGAGCCGCAAAGUCGCCGUUUUUCCGCUCCAUUGAGUGACAGCCGCCGGAGACAAUUCGAUGACCCAUUUCAUUGAUCUCUAGACUUUGUAAGGAGAUCUAAAGAUUGCCCACACCGUCCUUGUCCAAGGAAAGCCUUCGAGGCCGUGGACACUGCACAACGAUCCUCCCAAAUGCUUAAGAUUCUGGUGCAUCGCUGACAUAUCGCCAUUGCGAUAUUGGAACUCUAUUUUCCUACUUUCAACUUAAUUUCUACUUCAUUAGUGAUAAUUUGUGUGAUUUAAAUUUACCAAGAUAUACUUCAUUCAAUUACAAUUCUUCUGACUUUUACAGAUCUUAAUUUGAUCAAUUAAAUUGUCUGUAAUCACUUACGUAAAAAUCGUCGGGCGGAACUCUAUUUUUGUUUGAUUCACAUUCGUCAGGUGCUGAUGUCAUCCUGAUGUCUGCACCCUUAUUUUUCUUUUUCGUGAAUUUUAAAUAUAUUUUCUUUUUAUUUCUUAGUAUAAAAUUUAUAGAAAAUAGUAUUCUGAGGAAAAUUUUGAAUAAUUACUAGAUAUUAUAUUACAUCCUUGUGAUUGACUUGGAAAAUUAUCACUAUUUUUGAAAGUUUUAUUGAAGUAUAAUUGAUAUAUUUGUUUAUAAAUACUUCUAAAUAUCUAAAAAUUUGUAUUUUCUAAUUUUAUAAAUUUUAAAUUUGCGUGAUUUACUAUACAACGACUAAGUCACAUCACCUAUAGGCUGUCAGAGAUUACAUAGAUGUUCUCCGCAUUCAACUACUAUAUAAUCUCAGCCUUGAUUACUUCAAGUAUCGUUAGAUUUAAUCUUCGCUGCACAUCUCUUAUUGGUCGAGCAUUAUCUUUAAUAGAAAUAUGAUGCAUACAUUCCUCAGGGCUGAUGCCUUAUAUAUCUGUUAAAGUCCACCCAAUCGCCGCUUUGUAUUUUUUUAAUAUCUCGAUUAAUCUUCCUUCCAGCUUCUUAAUGAAGAUAAAAUAAUCAAAGGAAUGAAUGAUCCCAAAAAUGCAUACUUCAUAUGUGUAGACAAUGGCUUCAAAUUUGGCAUAGUGCUGGAUUGAUUUGGAGAAAUUUAUCUCAAUUGAGUUCACUGAAUCCUCCAACGCACAGCUUGUCUCUCUGCUACAAAGCUCAUUUGCACACUCAUCAAUGAUAUCAAUAUUACACAAAUUUUCAGAGUAAUCUAGAUAUUUCAAUUAUUUUGAGAUAUUUAAUUCUACUCUCUCUUGACCAAACUUUAGCUCUGCGGUUCAUUUUCUCCAAUCCAUUGUGGCUUUAACUAUGGCCAAGAAUGGCCUUCUGAGGAUAAUUGGAGCAUGGCUUAUGUUCUCCAUGAUCUUCAUAUAAACAGUAAUAAAAUCAAUAGGAAAAUAACAUUUUUCUAUCUUCACGAUUACAUCCUCUAAUAUUUCAUAAGUUUGACAGAAUGAUCCAUCUAUUAGCUACAAUUCUACCAAGAGGGGCUGUAAAUCACCAAUUUUAUAUAAAUCAUAAAAAGCCUAGAUCCUGAUUAGGUAAAAUAUUCACACUAGCUCUUGAAUCAAGUAAUGAAUGUGUGAAAACCAUACCUUAGAUCUCGUAUUUGAUUAGUGGAGCACCUAGAUCACACUUCUUAGUUACAAUAUUGAUAAUUAUAAAUUAAUAGUUAGUAUCUUAUAUAUAGAUAUUAAUUAGUGGGUAGAUAAUGCAAUUAUACAUGUGUUACUAACUCAUUAUGUCAUUCAUAAUGUUUCAUCAUUUAAGUUCUAUUACAUAUUAUUUUACUUAUUUUAUUGAGAUUAUGAGACUAACCCCACUUGACUUUUAUGAAGUCAAGUAAUGAUUCUCUCACAUUCUGUUGAUAAUUAUUUGAUUGCAAGGACUCAGGUGAGCUCUUAUUAUGAGCUAGAAGUAAUGAAAGAAGCUCAAGUCUUCAACCCAAGGAAAGCCCAAGUCUUAUGAAGGCUGGCCUAAUAUGUUUAUAGGCCCAAGAGAGGGUGUCACUUUGGCCUAGCCCAUUUGGACUUAAAAGGGCUAUUAAGAGAUGAGAACUAAGCUGCCCAUCUUAAGACAUCUUAAGAUGAGAUUAAGAGGAGAAUUAGAGCGCCGUCCUCAUGGAAGAAUCUAGACUAUCCACCAAGAGAGUCGAUUAUUAAUCAUAACUAUCUAUUGGAGGCGCCUAAUUUUCUAGAGGUUUAAGGCCUCUUGUCCUCCUCUUGGAGGACACUUUUUGACUCUCUCUCUAGUAGUGGCUAGCUAGAGGAAAUAAGAGGGAAAUCAAGGCCUGGACAACAACAUUCUUGUGCCUAAAAUCAUUGUGGAGAAGAGACUACCUGGAACGCAUCAAGAUCAUCACAAAUCAAGCACCACUCAGCCUAGGACUAACGCACAAUGAGGUUUGUGCAAGAUCUAGAUCUGGGAUGUCCUUGUAAUCUUCUCUAUAGAUAGAUUAAUUUUUAAUUUGAACUAGUUUUAUCAUUUAUUCUAUCAUUCUAUUGCGUUAGAUUCAUUCUCUCCCCUUUGCCAUAAUUUUCAUUUUCCUUAUCUUUACCCUUAUUAAAUUAAUUCCACCCUUACAAUCUCAAGCAUAUCUUUAUAUAUAUAUAGAAAUAAAAUUAAGUAGAAUUCUUACUCUCAUUACUCACACUCCCUAAGGAUCGGCCCUUACUUAUCCUAAACGGAAGAGUGAGGCUUUAUAAAUGUUAUUUGCAUGAACUUGGUUGCAUCAAGACGACAUAUUUAACCUCCAAAUCAAGUUCAUCAAAUAUGAUUCAACAAAAUUGAGCUAAUGGUUUCAGACAAUUGAAUUAUGUUUUGCUUCCUUGCUAGAAUGCAUAAACUUUUUAAAAAUUUCGCAUAAGAUGGAAUGUGUUGAAUGACAUCAACUAAUAGUAUAUUGAUUGUUACUUGUUUAAAAAUUUCAAGGAUUUUCUCAUUAGAAUCAGCACUUUUUAAUUUGACAUCACAUAAGGCUUAUGGAAAUGGAAUCGGAGGUGUAUAUGUGGAAGGGUUGGGUUCCAUACCUUCCUUAUUCUUACCCUUAUUUUUUGUUGAAAUCAUUUCCUUUGAUGCUUCUAUUUCUUCCUCCUCAUCCUAUGCUUCACCUACAGCUGCGUGAUAUGGAUCCGAAAGUACCUUACCAUUUCUCAAUUUGGAGAUCCCAUUGAUUGUUUCACGAUUUUGGUCGUUAAGUUCCAAUUGAUGGACUUGGCAUUGAUUUAAUGGUCCUCUCAUAUUUCUUGGGUUGGAAUCUGAUUGCAUGGGCAACUGUCCUAAUUCUCUAUUGCUAUUAUCUAUUUCUAUUCUCUUGUCAAGAUGAUUAUCUGAUCUGAUUUGAUUAGGUUGAUAUCGGCCUUCAAUUUGGAACUUCAUAUGCCUCAUUUCCUAUUGUAAUUCUCUUUGUUCUUGCAACAUCUGCCUUAAUAAUUCCUACGUAGAUAAAUCAUUAAAUCCUACAGGUUGUUGAAUUUGAUGGUUAGGUGACGUAACUUAGUCGUUGUAUAGUAAAUCAUGUAAAUUUAAAAUUUAUAAAAUUAGAAAAUAUAAUUUUUUAAAUAUUUAGAAGUAUUUGUGAACAAAUAUAUCAAUUAUAAUUCAAUAAAAAUUGUAAAAAUAGUGAAAAAUUUCCAAGUCAAUCACACGGAUGUAAUAAUAUCAGAUAAUUUUUUAAUUUUUUUUAAAGAAUACAUUUUUUUUAUGAAUUUUAGAUUAAAAAAUAAAAAUGAAAUAUAUUUAAAAUUUGUGAAAAAAGAAAAUAAGGGUGCGGACAUCAAGAUGACGUUAGCACCUAACGAAUGCGAAUCGAGUUGAAACAAAGUUCCACCUAGUGAUAUUUAUGUAAGUGAUUAUAGAUGAUUUAAUUAAUCAAAUUAAGAUCUGUAAAAGCGAGAAGAACUGUAAUUAAAUGAAGAAUAGUUUGAUAAAUUUAAAUCACACAAAUUAUCACUAAAUGAAGUAAAAAUUAAGUUGAAAGUAAGAAAAUAGAGUUCCGACGUCACGUCGACGAUGUGUUGGUGAUGCACGAAAAUUCUGAGUGUUUGGAAGGAUUGUUGUGCAAUGUCUAUGGCCUUGAAGACUCUCCUUGGACAAAGAUGACAUGGGCAAUCUCUAGAUCUUCUUGUGAAGUCUAGAGAUCAAUGAAAUGGGUCAUCGAAUUGUCUUCGGCGACUGUAACCUAGUAGAGUGGAAAAAUGGUGACUUUGCAGCUCUUUGACAGUUAUCACCUGAUGGAGAGGAGCUAGAUAGAGGUGGGGCGCGUGUCAGGGAGCUUCAUCUUCAGGUCCGCGCAGCAAGAGAAGAUUUUUCAUCGCAUCUAGUACGCUCUCAGGAGGUGGUGACUUAUUUCCUGGUGGAUCGUCUUCUUCUCAACGAUGACUUAUUCGUCAAUCAAUUGAAGAUGCUUUACUAGAUGAAUUAGCGAUCCUUUUAUUGCGAAUCAUUCAAUAAUUUUAGUAAGAAUACUCUGCGAAUCACGUUGACAAGAUUUUCACCGAUGAUUAAGCAAUUCUAGCAGCUUAAUCUUUCAUCGGCAAUCUACAAGAAUGUUAUGAUUUAAUCAGAUAAAAAUAUGAGUUUUGACUCUGGUAGGAUUUGAACCCACGUCAGUCAUCCACUUGUAUGAGGGAGAUUGAAAUAAGUACUCUAAUACCCUUAUAAAGUGACAUCAUCAUGGUAGAUUGUUGUUAUAACUAAGGGGUAUUUUAGGUAUUAAAAUAAACAAAAUCAUUCUAAAGAAGGUGUGAUGCGGGUUUAGUUUCACAUCGAUUGUAUGCCAAAGUUUUGGAUGAAUAUAUAGUAAUAUUAUAUUUCCAAGCAAUGAGUCCCUUUCUCACGUGUAUUACCAUUCCUUGCCCCAUAGUCGGCCAGCCACCGUUGACGUGGAAGGGAAGUGGCGCACACAUGCCCCCAUCAGUCCAUAACUACUUGAGCCCUUGUUCAUAGCUCCCCCCAAUGGGCUUUUGACUCGCUUGUAGGCCCGAUUGACUGAUGGGUCCCCCCCUUUCUCUAUAUUUUUAUUUUAAUUUCUUUUUUUUCAUUUAUCUCAAAAAUAAGAUUAUAAAAAUUAUAUAAAUUUGUAUAAAAUCACAUAAUUAGCCAAAAAUUCACAUUAAUCAACUCAAAACUACUUUUCAUAAUUUAACAUAAAUAUAAGUCUAUUUAUCAUGAGUUAAGGCUAAAACUAUAUUAUUUAUUAAUUAUUAACUCAUGAUAAAGAAGACUUAUCACACCCCCGAACUUAAAUCAUUAUUAGUCCCUUAGCAAUAGAAUUAUGAGAAGAAAAAAUCACAAAUCUGAAAACAUCAUAUUUCAGUACAUAAAAAAAAUAUAAUUAGAAAUGAUGCACCUUUAGACACUUUAGAUUCUUAUAUCAAGUAUUUAGGAAUGAUGUCAAGCACUUAAAUAUUUAAGCACUCCUUAGAAUAACAAUCUAAACUUUACUUCUUCUAUUUACAUCUUUAUCAUUUCUUCACUCAUAGAUAUAUUUACAAGAUAUUUUAAUUAUCAAUUCUCAUCUAAGAAUAAUAUUGAUCUUACAUUUUCCUUUUUCCAUGGGUUGAUUUUUGAAGUUUGCACUAUAUUUCUUCUUUUUUUUCUAUAGUGGAUAAGUAACUUUUCCUGUAGACAAAUUUGGACAAUAAUAAUGAUUACUCACACCUUCCAUAUGUAUUCUUCAUUUCUAGGGCUUUCACUUUAUCCACUUAUUUUGCAGCAAGUGUUUUUCUAUCGCGAUUUUCGACAAUGAGAAUGAUGUAUCACACCCUCUAUGUGUACUCUUCAUUUUUAGAUUUUCCACAUUACUCUCUCUCUUUUUUUUUUUCAAAAUAAGUGAUUUCUCCUCACAAGUCCUAUAGAUCAAGGUGCAAAAAUCUCCAUGAAACUCAAAUGAUCAAUCAAAUUUUCACAUCAAGUAAAUAUUAUCCAUCAAGAUUAUGAAGUGAAAAUUUGUAAAAUCAAAUCCAUGUUAUCUAUCAUAUAUCUAAGAAAUAUUUCAACAUUUUAUGCUACUAAUCAUUCUUUCAGCUCAAUAAUAAUUUUUCUAGUAUCUUUUGCUAUCAAUCAAUCUAAUUGAUUUAAUUUUUAGUACAUCCAAUAUGAUGUAAAAAAUUUAUAAAUUACAUAGUUUUGAUAGUUCUGUUUUUUGUUUUCAGUUCUAUUUUCAGCAACAAUGAAUUUGUCAAAAAUAAAUCAAAACUAUCCUCUUUAUAGCUGUAAUUUCGAAUUUCAGCAAUAUAUGUCUAGGGGAUUGAAAUGUGAGAAAAGGCUCUCUAGAAUUUCAAAUUUCGGACUGGUUUUUCUCUGCUGUUUUUAACAGUCUAUUGUUCCUGAUAGAAAAUCAGAAAAUAGAUGAUGUAGUUUUUCUGAAUUUUUUUAGUUGCUGUUUUAAGUGGGCGUGAAAAUAAAUGCAAACAUAUGUUCUUAAUCGUCUUACAACAUAAAUUAAGAAUUAAUACUUCACCCCCCAACUUAAAAAUGACAUUGUCCUCAAUGACACAGAAAAAUUAGAACAAAAUAUGCCGAAAAUAUAAUUUUCAAGUGAAGUAUGCAUAUAUGUAAAGUUAAGCACUGAAAAUAUUGUCAUAAAUGAUAAAGCUUAGAAAGACAUCACGUCAACCUCAAUUUUAAUUUUCCACUUCAUCUUACACUCUACUUGUGCUUUUUCGAAAAAAAAUAAAUGCAGAAAUAAGUACUGCAAAAUUCUAAGAAAAAUAGAACUUAAAAUUAAAUAAAUAGAGUGAAAUAAAAACCAUGGGUUGCCUCCCAUGGAACGCUGAAUUUAAUGUCUUCAGCUGGACACAUUAAUCUUACUCUUGAAUUUCUUUUAAUAAUAAAAUUUCUUUUUCUACAAGACAUUCAUGUUCUAUGUAAUGUUUAAGCCGCUGUCCAUUUACCUUAUAGUUAUGAUCACUUUUAGGAUCUUUAAUCAUUACAGCCCUGUGAUCAUAUGUCUCUUCCACCACAUAAGGCCCUGUCUAUUUUUAUUUUAAUUUUCUUGAGAAUAAUUUCAGCCUAGAAUCAUAUAACCACACUUUUUGUCCAACAUCAAUUUUUUUUCUGUUAAUAUAUUUAUCAUGAAAAGUUUUAGUUUUUUCUUUAUAUAUUCUAUGAUUUUCAUAAGCUUCAUUCCUCAAUUUCUCUAUUUCAUGUAGUUGAAAAAUUCUAUGUCCACCAAUUGAUUUUUUCAUCCAUACAUAAAUAUUUAAUAGCCCAUAAUGCUUUAUGCUCUAUUUUCACAAGAAGAUGACAUAGCUUUCUAAAAAUGAGACGAAACAGAGACUUACCUAUGAAAUUUUUAUAAGCUGUUCUAUAAGCCCAUAAUGCAUCUUGUAAUUUCGUAGGCCAAUCUUUCCUAUCUGGUCUAAUUAUUUUUCUCAAAAUGUUUAAAAUUUUCUUAUUUUCUACUUCAAUUUGCCCAUUUAUUUGGGGAUGAUAUGGAGUGGCUACUCUAUGAUGUAUUUCAUUCUUUUUCAACAGUUCUCUGAAAUGUUUAUUUGUAAAAUAUGUUCCUUCAUCACUAAUAAUUACUCUAGGACAUUCAAAUCUCGAAAAAAUAUUUUCUUGCACAAAUUUCAUCACGAUUUUAUGACCAUUAGUUAUAGUAGCAAUAGCUUCCACCCACUUGACACAUAAUCAACAACAAGCAAAAUAUAUUCAUAUUUUUCAGCUGAUGGGAAGGGACCUAUGAAAUCUAUUCCCCAUACAUCAAAAAUUUCAACUACUAACAUGUUACUCAUGGGAAUUUCAUCUUUUUUACUCAUGUUAAUUAUAGAUUGGUAUGUAAUACAUGUUCUACUAAAUUCCAUAGAAUCUCUAAUGAUUGUAGGCCAAUAAAAACCACACUGAAUUUUUUUUGUAAUUAUUUUUCAUCUAGAGAAAUGUCUUCAAUAGUUAGAUGAAUGACACAUGUUAAGAAUGCUAUGAUAUUCUUCUUCAAAAACACAUCUCUUUAAAAUUUGAUCUUAGAAAAGAAAUGAUUUUUUCUGUUCUUCUCUCACUAUUCUGGAUAUUUUUUAGAAACUAGAAAAUUAACAAUAUGUGCAUACCAUGGUGAUGGUUGAUGUUCAUCACGAAAUGCAUCUUGUAAAGGUGUUGUGUUUAUUCUUGUAUCACUCAAUGUAGAAAGAUGGUCAACAACAACAUUCUCGAAACCUUUUUAAUCUUUUAUUUCUAAGUCAAAUUUUUGUAACUAUAAAAUCCAUCUUAAUAAACGUGGCUUUGCAUCUUUCUUAUUUAAAAAAUAUUUUAAUGCUACAUGAUCAGUAUAAAUAAUAAUUUUAGCUCCUAAAAUAUAUGAUCUAACCUUUCUAACAAAAAUACUACAACUAAUAACUCUUUUUCAGUCAUGGUAUAAUUUAAUUGAGCAUCGGCUAUAGUUUUGCUAGCAUAUGAAAUUACUAUGGGUUUUGAUUCUUUUCUUUGUCUUAGAACAACUCACGCUGCAUAAUUCGAUGUAUCAUAUAUUAUUUCAAAGGAAAGAAACCAAUCAGGAACUUGUAAAAUAGGUGCUUAAGUAAGCAAUCUUUUUAUUUCAGAAAAGACUCAAAACAUUUCUCAUCAAAAUUAAAUGGCACAUCUUUAGAUAAUAACAUAGUGAGAGGUUUAAAGUUUUUUGAAAAAUCUUAAAUAAUUUUUUUAUAAUAACCUACAUGACCCAAGAAAGAUCUAAUCUAUUUUAUUGAAUUCAGAGGUUUUAUUUUAGAUAUAAUAUCAAUUUUUGAUCUAUCCACCUCUAAACCCCUUUCACUCACAAUAUGACCCAACACAACUCCCUCUCAAACGAUAAAAUGUGAUUUCUCCAAACUCAAAACUAACUUUUUCUUUAUAUAUUUCUCAAAGAAAAAUCGUCCAUAAAAUUUCCAUGCCUUUUCCAGUCAUAUUAGAACAAAAUAGACAGCAUACAUCUUUGAAAUGUGGCUGGAGCAUUACACAGACCAAAAGAUAUGCAUUUAAAAGCAAAAGUACUCAAUGGACAAGUGAAAGUUACUUUUUCUUGCUCUAAAGGGUUUAUAUAAAUUUAAUUAUAACUAGAGUAUUCAUCUAGAAAACAAAAAAAGUUUUUUCAAAUGAAUUUUUCUAGAAUUUGAUCUGUAAAUGGUAGGGGAAAAUGAUCUUUUCUAGUAACUAAAUUUAAUUUUCUAUAAUCAAUGCAAACCCUCCAACCGGUAGUUAAUCUUAUUUGUAUUUCAUCCUUAUUUCAUUUUUUAUAACUGUAAUCCCUGAUUUUUUUGGCACCACUUGUGUAGGACUAAUCCAUUUGUGAUCUAAAAUAAGAUAAAUAAUAUCAGCAGCCAGCCACUUUAAACUUUUUUUUUACAAUUUCUAUCAUGUUAGGAUUUAAUCUUCGUUAUGAUUCCCUACUAGUUCUACUCACCUCCUUUAGAUAUAUAUUAUGCAUACAUACACUCAUAUCAAUGCCCUUAAGAUCAUCCAUUUUUCAACUAAUAACCUUCUUAUUUUUUUGAAGUACAUCUAACAAUUCUUCUUCUUGUUCAUCACUCAAAUCAACUACAAUAAUAACAAGAAAUAAAUUAUUUUCCUCCAAAAACAUAUAUUUUAAACUAGGACUCAUCUCUAAAUUCGGAUGAUCUUUCUUUUUCUUUUCUCCCAAAUUUAUAUUCUCUAUUUCCUCUAAUUCUUCCAGCACACAGUCAUCAAUAACAUCUGGAUCAUCAAAAUCAUCUAAAACAUCUAUGAUAUGACAAUCAUAUACUUGGGAUUUCUUAAGAUCAUUUGAUACCUCAAAAUUUUUAAUUUCUACUAAUUGAUCUCCACAUGAAAUUAUUACAAUACUUGUGGAAAAAUAAAUAUUCAUCUUUUUUGUAUGUAAAAAUAGUCUCCUGAGGAUGAUUGGUGUAUCAUAAAACUAUCUAUUAAAAUCUAUUUUCAGCUCUACAAAAUUAGCUGGAAAUUUACACCCUUUAAUUAUUACUAUCACAUUUUCUAAAAUACUUUUAGGAUGUUUUAUAGAUCUAUUAGCAAAUUGUAAGGUAACAGUAGAAGGUUUAAGAUCAGUAAUAUUAAAUUUAUCACAAAUACUUGUAGAUAAUAAAUUAAUAUUAGCACUGGUGUCAAGUAAUGUAUUAUGAAAAAUAAAUUCACCAAUAUCACAUGAAAUUAAAGGGGCACCAGUAUCUCUCAAUUUGUAUGAUAAUUGAUUUAAUAAUAAAGCACUAGCAUGUAUAGAUAAUUUUUCUACUCUAGUUGCCCUUUUUAUUAUACACAUUUCUUUCAAAACUCUAACAUAUUCAAGAAUAUGUUUAAUGGUAGUGAGUAAAGGAAGACUAAUUUGCACAUCUUGUAAAAUUUUCUUUAUUUCUUCAUUGUGUUCUUUUUCUUUCUUUGUCUAGGCUCUAGAACUUUAGGAAAUGAAAUGGUUGUCCUUUCUUGUAGAAUUUUUUGAUAGAAUCUAUAAAAUCCUCUUCUACUCCUAUUUGAUUUUGUUUUGGGCUAUCCACGUUUUUCUUUUCUUUUACUAUUUGGGGAUAAGGAUCAGGAAAAAUCUUCCCACUCCUUAAUGCAUUCACUAUCCUAAUUUCUUUCAUGGAUUUUUUUUCUAGAUUCAUGCUACUAGACUCCCCUUGCUGAAAUCUUAUUGUUGAGUAGUUAGAUUUUUUAUGGGCUGACUAAGUAGUUGUCCCUCUUCUCUGUUAUUCCCAAGAGCCUCUAUAAUUUUUUUCUACUGCAACAUCAUUUGAUUCAUAGUUUGCUCCAUUAUUUGGCUCAUUUGCUGCAUCAGUUCUAUAGCAUUAGGUUAGGUUCGAGAGGGCUGAUUUUUUUGAAAUCUGUUUUCUUAUUUUGGAUGAAAUUCAGAGUUUGAAUUGGGUUUAAGUACUUUUGAAUUUUGAAUAUUAUUUGGGUCUCUCUAUGAAAAAUUAUUUCUCUAAUUAGGAUUAUAAGAAUUAGAAAAAGGCUCCCUAUUUUAUUAAAGCUAUAGGCUACUUGCACUUACUCUUGCUUAGAAUGAAAUGAUUGAUCUAAAUUAUAAUAUUGAAAUUUGAAAUGAUCAUUUUCACUAUACAUAGGACAUGCACUAUAUAUGUUUAAUUAAAAUUUAGUAGACUUUCUAAUAUUUUCAAUAAGUAAAUCAAGUUUUUCUAAUCUUUGAUUAAUAUGAUUAACCUCAUUUCUUAAAUUAGAAUCAUCAUCAUGAUGCAAUUCAUAAAUUUCUUUUUUCUUAUCCCUAUCUAAUAACUCAAAAGAGGCUUGAUCUCUAGAAUUUUCACUUAAAUUCUCAUAAAAGCUAUAAAUCUCAUCAGUAGUUUUCUCCAUAAAAGUUCCUCAGUAUAUAGAAUCAAUCAUAUUUCUAUGUUGUUGUAAUAAUCCAUCAUAAAAACUUCUAUUGAGCUGUCACUUGAGUAUAGCAUGAUGAGGACACUUUCUAAGUAACCCUUUGAAUUUUUUUUAUGUCUUAUGCAAAGUUUCUCCUAGUCUUUGAGAAAAAUGUCAUAUAUGUUUUCUCAUAUUUUGAGUUUUUUUCUAAGGGAUCAAAUUUUCAAAGAUAAGCAUGUUCUAUGUCUUUCCAACUAGUUAAAUCUCUAUCUAAUGUAGAUAGCCAAUGGCUAGCUUUGUCCCUAAGUGUAUGAGGAAAUAAUUUCAUCUUAAUAAUUUCUAAUGUAACUCGAGAGAGAUUAACUAAAUCACAAACUAUAUGAAAUUUUUCUAAAUACUAAUGAGGUUCUUCUAAAGGCAAUUCAUGAAAAUUACGGAGCAUUUCGAAAAUUUUUAGAUUUAUUUCGAAUUUAAUAGUGGGUGCUAAGGAGACUCUAAUAUUAGAUGCUCUUUGAAAUGAAUCAAGGAUAUAAUAAUUUUUCAUGGCCAUAGGAUUGUUCUCAGUUUGACUUGUACUUCCUUUAGGAUUUAUCAAAAUUAAUUUUUUUUGUGAAUUUUUAGUUUUGAAUGAAAUAGUAAAAGGAUUUUCUAGCCUUGGAUGCAAGGAUCUUCUACCAUGCAUAAAAGUCAAUAAAUUUCAGAAUUUUUUUUAAUAACUAUUAUCCUCCUUCAGUAUGCUCUAGUCCUUGCCUUGCUACUCUUCAUUCUUUUUUUCGUAAGAAGAAAAUAAAAAUAAGAGUUAUUUUUUUAUGUAUUAGAGAAAAAUAGAAAAAUAACAAAUACUAUGUAAUACAUCCCCAACAACAGCACUAAAAUUUGACGUAACUUAGUUGUUGUAUAGUAAAUCACGCAAAUUCAAAAUUUAUAAAACUAGAAAAUACUAAUUUUUGGAUAUUUAGAAGUAUUUUUGAAAAAAGAUAUCAAUUAUAAUUCAAUCAAAGUUUCAAAAAUAGUGAGAAAUUUUCAAGUUGAUUACAUGGAUGUAAUAUAAUAUCACGUAAUUUUUCAGAAUUUUUCUCAAAGAAUAUGAUUUUUUAUAUAUAUUUUAAAUUAAGAAAUGAAAAUAAAAUAUAUUUUAAAAUUUGUGAAAAAUAAAAAUAAGGGUGCGGAUGUCAAGAUGAUGUCAGCAGCCGACGAACAUGAAUCGAGCUAAAAUAGAGUUCCAUCUAGUGAUUCUUACGUAAGUAAUUACAAACGAUUUAAUUGAUCAAAUUAAGAUCUAUAAAAGCCAAAAGAAUCGUAAUUGAAUGAAAAAUUAUUUAGUAAAUUUAAAUCACAAAACUUAUCAGUAAAUUAAGUGAAAGUUAAGUUGGAAGUAAGAAAAUAAAGCUUUGACGUUGUGGCGACGAUAUGUUGGUGAUGCACCGGAAUCUUAAAUAUUUGAGAGGAUUGUUGUGCAAUGUCUUUGGCCUCGAAGGUUCUUGACGUAACUUAGUCGUUGUAUAGUAAAUCACGUAAAUUUAAAAUUUAUAAAACUAGAAAAUACGAAUUUUUGGAUAUUUAGAAGUAUUUCUGAACAAAUAUAUUAAGUAUAAUUCAAUAAAACUUCCAAAAAUAGCGGUAAUUUUCCAAGUCGAUCAUAGGGAUGUAAUAUAAUAUCUGGUAAUUAUUCAGAAUUUUCCUCAAAGAAUAUUAUUUUAUAUGAAUUUUAUACUAAGAAAUAAAAAGAAAAUAUAUUUAAAAUUCACGAAAAAAGAAAAUAAGGGUGCGGAUGUCAAGAUGACGUCUGUGCCUAGUGAAUGCGAUCGGACGGAAACAGAGUUCCGCCUGACGAUUCUUACGUAAGCAAUUACAUAUGAUUUAAUUCAUCAAAUUAAGAUCUGUAAAAGACGGAAGAAUCGUAAUUGAACAAAGUAUAUUUUUGUAAAUUAAAAUCACACAAAUUAUCACUAAAUGAAGCGUAAAGUAAGUUCAAAGCAGGAAAACAGAGUUAUGGCGUUACAAUAGUGAUGCGUCGGCAAUGCACCAGAGUUCUGAGCGUUCGGGAGGAUCGUCGUGCGGUGUCCACGGCCUCGAAGGCUCUCUUUGGACAAAGAUGAUGUGGGCAAUCUCUAGAUCUCGUUGCGAAGUCUAGAGAUCAAUGGGUCGUCGAAUCGUCUCCAGUGGCUGUCACCUGACGGAGCAGAAAAACAGCAACUUUGUGGCUCUCCGAUGGCUAUCACUCGACGGAGAGGAGCUGAAUGGAGGUGGGGCGUGUGUCAGGGAGCUUCAUCCUCAUGUCCACGCAGCAAGAGGAGGCUCUUCAUCGCAUUUGGUACGCUCUCAGGAGGUGGCGACUUAUCUCCCGGUGGAUCGUCCUCUUCCCGACGACAACUUGUUCGUCGAUCAAUCGGAGAUGCUUUACUCGAUGGAUUCGCGAUCCUUUUAUCACGAAUCGUUCAGCAAUUUUAAUAACAAUGCUCCGCAAAUCGCGUUGACGAGAUUUUUGCCGAUGAUCUAGUGAUUCUGGUUGCUUUAUCCUUCACCAGCGAUCUGUAAGAAAGUUGUGAUAAUCAGAUAAAAAAAUAUGAAUUUAGCUCUAGAAGGAUUUGAACCCGUGCCGGUUGUCUGCCUACAUGAGAGAGAUUGACAUAGGUACUCUACUGCCCUUAUAAAAUGACGUCAUCAUGGUAUAUCUCUAUUAUAAAUAAAGGGUCCUUUAGGUAUUAAAAUUUUCGAACGCUUUUUGGGGAAGGUGUGACGUGGGUUUAGCCCCACAUUGUUUGUGCGCUGAAGUUUCGGGCGAAUAAUAUUACAUUUUGGAAGCAAGUCCCUUCUCUUGCAUGUACGACUACUCCUUGUCCCACAACCGGCUGGCCACCAGUGAUGUGGAAGGGGAGUGGUGCACAUGUGCACCUAUUGGUCCAAGCUACUCGAGCCCCUACUUGUGGCUACUCCCCGACUGCGCUUCUGACACGCUUGCGGGCCUAG